GAGAGAGUAAGAGGGGCUUGAUUUUGGUACUUGUUGUUUUGUGUUGUUUGCCUGCUGCCUGCCUCGUUCUCCUCUCGCUCGCUCGCGCUGUAAACCCUAACAGCCUUUUUCCGAUCGCCAAUGGCUCAGGAGCAACUCGUCCUCCGCGGUACCAUGCGCGCCCACACCGACUGGGUCACCGCCAUCGCCACCCCUAUCGACAACUCCGACAUGAUUGUCACCUCCUCCCGCGACAAGUCCAUCAUCGUCUGGGCUCUCACCAAGGAGGACAGGACCUACGGCCUCGCGCGCCGCCGCCUCACUGGCCACUCCCACUUCGUCCAAGACGUUGUCCUUUCCUCUGACGGCCAGUUCGCGCUCUCCGCUUCUUGGGACGCUGAGCUCCGGCUUUGGGACUUGAACACUGGCAAAACCACUCGCCGCUUUGUCGGCCACACCAAGGACGUUCUUUCCGUCGCCUUCUCCGUCGACAACCGUCAGAUCGUUUCUGGUUCCCGCGAUAAAUCAAUCAAGCUCUGGAACACGCUCGGGGAGUGCAAGUACACCAUCCAAGACCAAGACGCCCACUCCGAUUGGGUGUCCUGCGUCAGGUUCUCCCCCAACACCUUGCAGCCCACCAUCGUCUCUGCCUCCUGGGAUAAGACUGUCAAGAUCUGGAAUCUGAGCAAUUGCAAGCUGCGCUCCACAUUGGCCGGCCACUCUGGCUAUGUCAACACUGUUGCAGUGUCGCCGGAUGGUUCCUUGUGUGCAAGUGCUGGGAAAGAUGGGGUGAUUCUUCUCUGGGAUUUGGCGGAAGGCAAGAGGUUGUACUCGCUGGAGGCAGGCUCCAUCAUCCAUGCGCUUUGCUUUAGCCCCAACAGGUACUGGCUUUGCGCCGCAACGGAGUCUAGCAUCAAGAUUUGGGAUUUGGAGAGCAAGAGUGUGGUUGUGGAUCUCAAGGUGGACUUAAAGCAGGAGAGUGAGAUGGAUUCGGAAGGGACCCAAGCUUCUGCGGGGAAAAACAAGAUCAUAUACUGUACCUGCCUCAACUGGAGCGCUGAUGGAAGCACUCUUUUCAGUGGUUAUACAGAUGGUGUUGUGAGAGUUUGGGGAGUUGGACGUUACUAGAAUAUGCUGCUGCUGCAUUUAUUGGAGUUUUUUUGUUUUUACAUUGAUGUUUAAUUUUCUGCAAAAGUUUCAAGUUCACAACAAUGGAAGAGGAUGUCUGGACUCGCUCUCUGUGUCAUUUGUUCUCAAGGCCUUGGCUUUUUGAAUUUUGAGUUGGUAUUUUUGCAUACAUAACUUUUAUGAGUAUUGGAAGAUGUUAACUAA